AUGCCCGGCCCCAUAGGCGCCUGGGUGGCCGGCCUGGUGCCGCUGAUCAUCGACCUGUGGUCCGGCACGCGCGGCGCGGCGGUGUGGGCGCUGGGCUGGUGGCGCCGGCGGGUUUACAAUCCCUCGGCGGAGUACGCCGUGGACACCACGGUGGCAUGGUUCGAGGAGACGUCGAAGUCGCUGCUGAGGGAGGUGAUCCACGGCGCCGGCCGGCUGGCGAACGGCUUCUUCACGCUGCUGGUGUCGUUGGUGGACCGGGAGUGGGGGGGGAAGGGCCGGAGGGGGAGGGCGGGAGGGGCGGAGGCCGCGGGAUGGGAGAGCUGGAGGCCGAGCACGUUCAACUGGCUGAUCGAGCGUGACCACUCGGGCGGAAACGGCAGAGGCAUCGAACCUGACCAAAAGGCUGGGAGAUCCGGCCGUUCUAACCAAAGCCAAUCGACUUGGUCAAGGUUUUGGCCCUCCUGGUUGUGGGGCCCCAAGGGACGCCGUACCUCAGCCGCAAGGGCCCAGCCGCUGCGCUCCUUCGCCUCACUGUUUGAUGGGAACCAUGGCAUCAAUUUCUCCCUGAGAGGCGUCCGACGGCGUGGCUGGGUGGAGGACCUUCAGAUAGGCUCAGAGUUGUACAUAAGCGCAUUCUUUGACCUUAUCCGCCGUGCUGUGAGGUGGCUGCUCAUGUUGCCUCCCCCGAUUGCGAUGGCAGCACCAUCUCCAAGGCCCGACCUGGUCCGCUGCAUGAGCGCAGGACGAGGGCUGAGUGACGCCCUGUCCUACAAGAGCCCCCGCACCGGCGGGCCCCGGCCCCACCUCAAGCGCUCCCGCUCCCUGUGGGGCCGCAUGGACGCCCUGCCGGAGACGCCCAUCACCGCCGCCCACGUCAUCCGCAACGCGGGCUACCCCCUCCAGGAGCACAAGGUCACCACCCAGGACGGCUACAUUCUCCACCUGCAGCGACUGCCCCAGCGCAAGUCGCGCAAGGCCGUCUUCUUCCAGCACGGCAUCAUGGACACCUCCCUGGGCUGGGUGCUCAACGGUGUGACCGGCUCCUUCGCCUUCUCGGCAUUCGACCAGGGCUUUGACGUGUGGCUGGGCAACAGCCGGGCCAACCCCCCCCGGCGGCAUGCCGACCCAAGGGUGGAGCGCGGCACGAAGUACUGGGGCUACACACUGAACGAGUUGGGCCUGUACGAUGUGGGCUCCCAGUUGGAGUUCAUCCACAACCUGAAGUGUGCGGAGCUGGGCGACGCAGAGGAGGAACUCCGUCGAUGGAGGGCAGAGUACGGGAUGCAGCGUCAGUCGGUGGACUUCAGGCUGACACCCAGGGCGCAUGGGGCGGAUGAAUCCGAGGAAGGGCGGCCUGGAGGGGUCAAAAGGUCGCGGAGGGUGAACAGCGACGGGCAGCUGGCGGCUCUGGUGGGGGAGGGGGAAGGAGAAGGGGGCGGGGGGCCUGGCAGCUCGGGCGGGGUUCCAGAAGGGGGAAAGGGAUUGGCCGGGAGGGCGCCCGACAGCGCAAGGGGGAGGGUGGACUGCGGCGGCAAAUCGAGGCGGGUCGACGGGCUGGUGAGGCGAAGGGGGAAGGGGGUCACUUGGGCACUGGAAGACCGGGAAGGGGGUGAGCCGGGGAUGGGGGGGCGGGAGGCGGAGGGCAAGGGGACCGCAUGUGUCCUGGCCAGUGGUGGGGGCAAAUGUUGGGAAGAGGGGGAGGCGGCGAUGGCGCGUUGGAGCGGGCCAAAGGAGAUGCCCUACACCCUGAGGGCGGUGGGCCACAGCCUGGGCGGCGCAUCGCUGCUGGUGCACCUGGUGAUGGCCCUGCGCUCCGGGCGCAGCCACAACCUGAGCCGCCUGAUCCUCCUGUCCCCUGCGGGCUUCCACCACCGCAUCCCGCUCCUGGCCUACCCCUUCAUGUGGUCCCUGCCGCCGCUGGCGUGGCUGUGGACACGGGUGUUGGGGCGGCCGGGCGCAGCGGUGCACAUUCCCACCCAGCAUGGCCGCCUGGUGAUCUUCAAGGCACUACAGGAUGCCCUGCGGUUCCCGGCCCUUGCAGCGAUCGUCAAUCGGGUAAUCCGGCUCAUUCUUGGUGGGGACUCCAGUCCCUGGGAGGCCGCCAUGCAGAUUCCGCAUUUCGGGGUGCACUCGAUGCCUGGCAUCUCCAUGCACACAGCCCUCCACCUCAUCCAGUUGGUGAGGACGGGCCGCUUCCGCAUGUACGACUACGGCAGCCCAGACGAGAAUGUGCGCCAAUAUGGAACGCCUGAGCCCGUGGACGUCGCGGCCGAGUACGGGCGCAUAGACGUGCCCGUGGACCUGGUGGCCGGCACCAAGGACGGCGUGGUGCCCACCUACAACAUCCGAAUGCACAUGCAGAGCAUGCUUGACGCGGGCGUGGAGGUCACCUACAAGGAGUUCGACUACAGCCACCUGGAGUUCUCGCUCACAGUGAAGGAAGACCUCAUGGCGUACGUCAUCGAACGGCUGAACAAGGACCAGUGA